GAUAAACAAUUGUUUGAUUAUUAACCUUAUCCGGUAAAAAAGCUAUAAAAUUUUUGUCUUGUAUAACGAGCAGCUAAUUUGAUCAGUAUUUUGAAAAAGUAAAAUGAAAAAUACAAUGAAUUUUAUUUUAGUACUGGUUAGUGUAUUAGGUGUUACUCAGUACACUUCAGCUAGACAUGCAAAAUCUACGUUUGAUCAUGCUAUUAUUAAUUUACUAAAAGAUAUAGCUGAAGACUGCAAAAAUGGUUUAGAAGUAUUCGAAUACUAUCCUUAUGACUGUCAAAAAUAUUAUUCGUGUAAUAACGGAGCUCCUGAGAUAAAUACUUGUCAUGAUGGAACAUAUUGGAAUGACAAAGUUAAAGCAUGCGACAUUAAAGAAGAUGUAGACUGUUCUAAUAUAAUACCAUUCCCAGAUCCUGACUGCACAGAUGGAAAAAAUACAUUUUACCCAUACCCCUACGAUUGUAAAAAAUUCUACGAAUGUCUUGAUUACAAACGUUACCUUCUAUCAUGCCCAGGGGAUUUCAUGUGGAAUCAAGAGCUUAAUAAAUGCGACCAAAAAGAUACCGUUGAUUGUUCUCACAUUAUCCCUGAACCUGAAUCAACUUCUGCCGCCCCCCAACCUUCAACUGUUAUCCCCGAUCAAUCAACUAUCGAUCCCGAUUUACAUUGUGACAAAGACCUUGAAUAUUUCGCCGAUCCUUAUAAUUGUCAAGGAUACUAUCAAUGCCUUAAUGGAAUUAAGCAGCACGAAUUCUGUAACGAGGGUCUUCUGUGGAACGUACACAUUCCAGGAUGCGAUGAAGAAUCUGAUUGUUCUCAACUACUAGUUUCCACGGAAGUAACAGGAGCUCCUACUGCAUUUCCCACCGAAGGUACAACUGCAAGUGUUUGCCAAGAAGGUGAUCGAAAUGAGUAUUUACCUGAUUGCCACAGAUUUUUUGAAUGCGAAAACAAUAGAUGGAUAGGCCCUCUCCAAUGCCCAGCUGAUCUUUACUGGAGCCAAGAAAAUAAAAAAUGUGUAACCAUUGAGCAGUCAGAUUGCAACAAACAUUAACGACAGAAGAUAUCAACACUUCGCAGUACAACCUCAGAUUUUAGUUGUUCUAAUUGUACUAAAGUUUUGUCUUUUAUUACAAUUCGCUUAAUAAAUACGCUUAAUUACUGAA